AUGGUGUCCCAAAAGGCUUGGCUUUUCUGCCUGUUGCUGACUUUUGUGUGUUCUUUUCACAUCAAUGUCAUCCCUGGGGUCACUGCUACUCAAGACGACAAUGAUGAUGAUGACAAUGAUGAAGAACAUGGAGAUUUGAAGGAUGAUGAUCAUGAUAACAAUGACAAAGAUGACGAUGAUGAUGAUGACGAUGACAACAACGAUGAUGACAAUGAUGAGAAUGACGACGAUAAUAACGACGCUGAAGAAGACGAUGAAGAUGACAAUAAUGAGGAUGAUGAUAACAACGAUGAUGAUGAUGACGAUGACGAUGACGAUGACGAUGAUAAUGGUGAUGAUGACCAUGACAACAAUGAUGAUGACGAUGACGAUGACAAUGGUGAUGAUGACCAUGACAACAAUGAUGAUGACGAUGAUGAUGACGAUGAUAAUGGUGAUGAUGACCAUGACAACAAUGAUGACGAUGAUGAUGAUGAUGACGACAACGAUCAUGACAACAAUGAUGACGAUGAUGAUGACAAUAAUGACAACGACGAUGACAACAAUGACGACGAUGAUGAUGAUGACAACAAUGACGAUGACAACAGUGAUGAUGGCGACAAUGAUGAUGAUGAUGAUGACGACAACGACCAUGACCACGAUGAUGAAAAAGAUGAUGAUGAUGAUGAUGGUGACGAUGACCAUGACAACAAUGAUGAAAAAGAUGAUGAUGACAACAAAGACCAUGACAACAAUGAUGAUGAUGAUGAUGAUGAUGAUGACAAUAAUGACAAUAACGACCAUCGGAACAAUGAUGACAAUAAUGACCAUGACAACAAUAAAGAUGAUGACAAUGAUGGUGACAACGAUGAUGAUGACAACGACAAUGAUGAUGAUGACGAUGCCGAUAGGAAAGAAGAUGAGGAAGGAUACAAAGAUGGUUCUCUGUGCAGUUAUUGCAUCUUCUGUGAGCACUGCGAUGAUUGUGAUAAAUGUCCAUGUGAGGAAGGAGACAAAAGCGAGCACUGUGAAGAUUGCAAGGUAAGAACUUUCACUGGCCCCACAGCAACACCGGCCAAGCCUCAGUCCUAG